AUGACAGUACUGGCAAAACCAUCGCGGUCAUAUGUCACUGCGGAACAUGUCCCGGACGAAUUACUUGGAACCGCUUAUACAGCGUCAACAAGUACGACAAAGAAACUAUCCAAGAAGAUAGAAGGUGGAUUUAAGACGUAUCGACCUCCCCUCGCCGAAACUCAUCUGCGCCGACCGCUGGGUUAUGAUCCUCAUCCUGAAUCCCAUUUUGCGCCUUUACCACCUGCAUUUCAUCUAUCUGGGAAACAUAAGAAAGACGCCGCUUUAGCAGGACAAAGAGCUGAAUUAGAACAUAUCUUGCAACCCGAAUAUAAAUCAUACAACUAUGAUUUGGAAGGUGAUUCUUCCAGUAUAGCAGGGCCAAGUAAAAAUCAUUCAUCAAGGACCGCAGGCGGUUUGAGUGGAUUGGAGAAGAAAAGUAAAUCGUCUGGAGGGGGAGGGGGAAAUGGAUUGAGAUCUUCUGCAUCGAUAUCAAGUUUUCAUCAACAACCUACUUCAGGCGGUGGUAGAAGAUCAGGUGGUGGUAUCUACGUCGAUUCCAAUGGUAAAUUACACGACAACGAAUUUGAUCCAUUCGGUCAUGUAUCUGAAAUGUCAAGAGCUAAAUCGAGAAGAAGAAGCGCGUUCGGAUCGGAUAGAAGGAAAGGCGAUUCAUCCUCUUCAGAAUCAGGAAGUGACAUAUCGGAUAAUAAUUUACCUCGAAGAAGUACUGAUACAGGAAGAGAAAGGGAAGAAGAGGAGAUCAGGAAAAGGUUGGAAAUGGAAAGGAAAAGAUUAGACGAUGUUUCAGGAUAUGCAGCUGCAAGGAGAAGAAGCAUGAUGAUCGAUGGUAGAACGACUCCUUCCAUUAGGUCAAGUGAAGAUGGUAAUGGUUUCAUACCAUCAAUGUAUUCGGCAAGUUUAGCUCCUGCCAUGACAAGUAAAUCAAAAUCACAGGGUCAUUAUGUGCGUUCACCGCUUUCACCAACGUUCGACCAUUCUCCGGUUCACUCUACACCACCCGAAAAGACAACCGAAUCUACCAAGCACAAGGAGACAAAAUCAAGGGUUGAAGUAUCAAAAGAUGGGUCAAAGAAAAUAACAGGAUUUGACGCACCUAUAUCACCUGUCCCACUUCACACUCCAUCAAUGGGUAAUGAUCAUCUACUACCACCACCACUCUCAGUAAUCUCUUCUGGUUCAGGCCGGUUGAGUCCCGGCACAAGGGGAAGUAUCGAUACAGGUCGGGAAAGGCCACCUAAACCAACUGAACGACCACGAGAAGAGCUAUUCCCUGAAACACCUGCUCAGAUCAAAAGACGUGAAGAACGUGAGAAGCGGUCAAGGCUAAGACCAAGUGGACUUGCGGUUGAUACCGUCAUUGCUGGAAGUGGUAAAGCUAGGAUAUUACCUGAAAUUGAGAUUGUGGAAGAUGACGAUCCGAGAAUUGUUUUCCCAUCCGAGGGGAAGACGACCAGGGUACAGUCGACCCACGAUCAUGUGAUAAGGGGGCCCUUUAGUCAUGCGCUGAACGCUCUAGGUGAUGGUUCGUCUGGUCUAGGUUCGAGAAGGGCAAGUUCAGCUAGGUCGAUAGGAGGUGGUAGUAAACCUUCGACAAUGGUGGAGGAAGACGGUGGAUAUCUACCCAGUAGAUGGGCGAACGGUGAUAAGAAUCUACGGACAACAGAAACGGACAGAGAGAAAUAUAGACCUAUGGAAUGGAGAAACGUCGAUCCCAGUGGGAAAGUCGAAGAUUGGCACCCCUCGACCAAGGAUCAGUUUAAAAGGAACAUGAAAGAUAUAGCUACUUCUGCUCGGUUUAGUUUAUUCAGAACGAAGAAGAAGCUCUUGAGGAAAGCGGAGAUUUGA